UUAUUCAAGUAAUAUGUGCACAGAAUAAAAAUGCUUUUCAUCGUGCAGCUACAAAUUUUGUAAACAAUUGCAAAUUAAGUAAUAGUUGACAGUAAUAGUCGACUCCAAUUAGAAUUAAAAGAGGAUGAGACUCAGAUUCGAAUCUAUAACGUGUCGGCUAUUCAGCCGCUUCAUUUAGUUGAAUCCAGUUAUUCUGGUUCAAUCCAGUUUAAUCUAGCCAGUGAACGUUGUCUUAAAGGACAUUCAACUAUUUUGUGAUAUGAAAAAUUAAUAAUGGAAUAACAUUUGAUUAUACUUGAGAAUAAAUAAGGAAGAAUAAAUUUUUGUUAUCAGUUUUUUUUUUUUUUGAUCAAUGAAAUCAAGAUGCUUGAACUUUCAAUACUGGAUAGUAUACCGACAGAGUUGACGAAAUGACAAAAUUACUACUGAUGCAUUACAUUAAUAGCUACUGAUGGCGGAUGAUGGCGGCAGUUUUGUGAUAUUUUCUUAAUAAAUUGUCACCAAUCGAUAACCCACUUCCCACACAUUCCACUAUAUCUCACUUUAUGAAUAAAACGAUUAGCUUUGUCUCCGUCUGUUUCUUUUCUAUUCCACUUUUUACGUAUGUAUGUAUGUACAUAUAUGAAAUUGCAUUCUUAUUUUUUUGUUCUUCGUUAUUGUAUUCUAUGCGCAGGAGCUGGAAAUGCAAAGUCUCGCGCAUGCGUGCUCAGGCUUUCGUCUUGUCAUUUCAAAGGUAUCGUGUCAAUCAGACUGACAAGACUGACAAGACUGACAUUGACGAUCGACGGAGCGGCAAGGAUUAGUAUCCAUUGGUACUUAACGCUAUUUGGAUUUGUACGAGAAGGCAUAGGCUAGGAAGACUAGGCUAUUCAGACAGGAAAGCUAAACGCGACGAAACACAAAUCUAAUCUCUCGGCAUCAUUUCUCAAGAAAAGCAAAUCGACGGGUCGUCUACUCAGCUCGCGAUGUCAACUAUAAAUCGUUAUGAGUUUAGCAGUAUGCAAUGGAAAAUACAAUUCGUUCGGCAGCUGUUAUGCUGUCGUUAGCUCCUAUUUCAUUCAAGAAACUCAAAUACUUCUGAGGAUAGCGACUAAGUCUAUACCAUCAAUUAAAUUUCACAUCAUUGAUUCAUCAUCAUGGAUGGUACCUGUCUUCAUCAGUUUGUCACGGCACCCAUCAAAAAUUUUUUGCAACUACAACGAAUUAGAGAGAUAAAAUGGAUGAAUCCACGAGCUUGCACUAACGAAGCGUACACUCCUACUUCUAUCGAACAUGUGGCGAAUGUGGCGACUCAUGGAAUAUGGGUUGUACCUUCGGUAAUCGGUGGUAUCGAACUUGUACGGCGUUCAGCUACAUGGACUCAGUUUGUUUCUGCUUGCGUAUACGGCACUUCUUUGAUCCUUGUAUUUGCAGUAUCAACUUUCUUCCAUAGUGUACAUUACUGCAAUCAUAACAGACAAUUAAAAGAUGCGUUGCAUCGUUGCGAUCGUGCUAUGAUUUAUAUCUUCAUAGCAGCCAGUUAUUUUCCAUGGUUAAAUAUAGAACACUUCUCGGAUGAUGAAUUCUUAUUCGCGAUGCGAUAUGUCGUCUGGAUCAUGGCUAUAAUGGGUAUCCUUUACCAGCAGAUUUUUCAUGAAAAAUAUAAGAUGCUCGAAACAAUUUUCUAUAUAGUUAUGGGUAUCGGACCUAGCGUCGCGAUCCUCAAUUAUAACUAUUAUAAUAUUACGGAAUUGAAACUGGGUGGACUAAUAUACGUCAUUGGUUUAGUAUUUUUCAAAUCGGAUGGUCGUAUACCUUGCGCGCACGCAAUCUGGCAUCUUUUUGUAGCUGCAGCGGCUGGAUUUCAUUACUACGCGAUUCUGAACCACGUAUUUCCCGAAACAGAUUCGACAAAUGCUUUUGGACCAUCUGGUAACAUGCCACAAUUAACUAAUGUAUUAAAGUCUCGUGUAGAGUUGUAGGAGUUGUAUGCUGUUUUCUACAAUAUUUCUUCCAAAUAUUAAAUUCUAAAAUGCAACAAUUUUAAAGAAUAGACACUGUAUAUUUCCAUCUUAUUAUGGAAGGAUAUUUUUGUUUAUAUAUAAAUUCUAUCCGCAGAAUUUUUGAUAAAGACAUUGAUUUUACAAAUCGUGGUUCAAAUAUCAUGAUUCAAGUAGACGACUAGACAAUUUUUCACUAUUCCAAAUGUCACAAAAGUAAAACUAACUUGAAACCAUAUAAUGUAUAAAAAAGUAGGAAAUUGCGUACAUGUUAAAAAAGAAAAACAAGGGAAGGAGAAUUAUAAGUACCUGACGGCCAUGUAAGACUCCAUUCGUAUUAUGGAUGCAGUACAUAUAUUAGAAUCAAAAAAUAGAUAUAUUGCCAGAGAUAUCGCCUCAGUUAUCGCUAAUUACAUGACGAGUUUGAAUAUAUAUCUAUAGCGAAUACGUUGUAUUUAUCGCGCUCGUAUCCAAUUUUUAGUAUCUAUUCGUCUUUCUCGGAAUCAUUUACAAUUAACGCCAAAUUAUCGUAAAAAA